GGGACGUUCUCGCGCGUGUGUGGAAGGAAUUUGGCGCCAGUAACGGAACGGCGACUGGGGAGACGCAGUAGCGACAUAAAGACACAAAGUAGUAAAAUAACCGGGUUGUAUCUGAUUGUUCUUUAACUCAAACAUGACCGUCAAGCUGUCCGAAGGAGCAAUUGAGGCUCUGUCGAAGGGCAACGCGGUGAACAGCCCGGUGCUGCAGGUUGUGAACAUCCGUAAAAUGGAAGGAGGCAGCGGGCCGACCCGCAUCCGCGUUAUGUUGAGCGAUGGGCUGUACACCUUGUCCUCCUUCAUGCUGUCCACCCAGCUGAACGCCUUGGUUGAUCAGGGCCUGGUGGCACCAAACUGUGUGUGUGUUUUGAAGAAGAGUGUGACCAACGUUCUGAAAGAUGGCAGACGUGUGGUGAUCAUCUUGGACUUGGAGGUGGUGCGGCCAGCUGAAGAAGUGGCCGGCAAGAUCGGCGAGCCUGUUCCUUAUGUGGAAGGUCAGUCGAAGGCACCGGCACCAUCUGCCCCAAAUCCCCCGACCCCCCGCGCCCUGCAGCCCCAGAAUGGACAUGAUGCUUCUAUGAAUAGAGGGUCCAACUCUGGGAAGCUCUUUGGAAAGAGAACCCCAUCUACCCUCCCCUCCACCCCUGGCGGCUCCUCCAAAGUGGUUCCCAUCGCCAGCCUCAACCCGUACCAGUCCAAGUGGACCAUCCGCGCUCGUGUCACCAAUAAGAGCGGCAUCCGCACUUGGAGCAACUCGCGUGGCGAUGGCCGGCUCUUCUCCAUGGAGAUUGUGGAUGAGAGCGGAGAAAUCAGAGUGACAGGUUUUAACCAGGAGGUGGACAAAUUUUACAGCCUCAUUGAGUCUGGCAAGGUGUACUACAUCUCCAAGGGAACCCUGAAGAUCGCCAACAAGCAGUACACAUCCUUGAAGAACGACUAUGAGAUGACGCUGAACGGCGAGUCCACUAUAAUCCCAUGUGAUGACGCCCAGGAUGUUCCCAUGGUGCAGUGCAACUUUGUGUCCGUUGCUGACCUUGAGACACGCGACAAGGAUGCCAUCUUGGACGUGAUUGGCGUGUGCCGCAGCGUGGAUGAGGUCACCCGUAUCACCACCAAGUCCAGCCGUGAGGUGUCCAAGCGCACGCUGAACCUGAUGGACAUGUCUGGGAAAGUGAUCACGGUCACACUCUGGGGUGAAGAGGCAGAGAAGUUUGACGGCACUGGGCAACCUAUUCUGGCCAUUAAGGGAGCGCGUCUGUCUGACUUUGGGGGGCGCUCUCUCUCCGCGCUCUUCAGUAGCACAGUCAUGGUCAACCCCGACAUCCCAGAAGCCUACAAGCUCAGAGGAUGGUAUGAUAAGGAGGGCCAUGCUCUGGAUGGGACAUCUGUGACGGAAAUGAGGCCGGGCGCUGGGGGCGGGGGUGCCAGCACUAACUGGAAGACCCUGUGCGACAUCAAGACGGAGCACCUAGGCCAUGGCGAGAAGGCUGAUUACUUCAGCUGUGUCGCCACCAUAGUGUACCUGCGCAAGGAGAACUGUCUCUACCAGGCCUGCUCAUCCCAGGACUGCAACAAGAAGGUGGUGGACCAGCACAACGGCAUGUACCGCUGUGAGAAGUGCGACAAGGAGUUUCCUGACUUCAAGUAUCGCCUAAUCCUCUCGGCCAACAUUGCAGACUUUGGGGAUAACCAGUGGGUGACAUGCUUCCAGGAGAGUGCAGAAGCCAUCCUGGGGCAGAACGCCGCCUACCUGGGCCAGCUCAAGGACUCGAAUGAGAGUGCCUUUGAAGAGGUCUUUCAACAGGCGAACUUCAAAACCUACAUCUUUCGUAACAGAGUGAAGCUGGAGACCUACAACGUACGUAUGGUGAAGCGUAAACAGGCUGUCGUUGGCUCACAUCAGUGUUUCUGUGGUUUGUUGUUUUUCUUUAUAAGAAAGGUCAGUGAUUGUGGUGGGUUUUCAGUGUAAAUUUCCGCCCAGCUAGACGUACGCUUUAGGCGCUGCUCUGUCUCCAUCGCUCAGUGCACCCCCCAUAUCUCGUGCUCAGUGGCUAUCACAUGCAGUUUCACCUUCUCCAUCUGACUGGGCAUGAAUUGCCGCUCUGCUUGUAAAUUUCCGUGCUAAACUUCCUGCUUGUUUCUGGCCCAGUGCCUGCAUUCAUCCAUUUGUAGGUUUGCGAAUGACUGGUCUUGGAGCGGCGGCUCACGCAGAACCAUGUGAUGGAGGGCGGACGGGAACGGGGACCGUGUUAGGGGCUUGGGGGACAGGCAUGGCUUUACACCUCUGCUCGUUUGGCUUCAACAGAAGAUUAUGUAACCUGACUGGAAAAACAUCAUAUCCACCAGGACCUGUGGACUCAGUAUAUGGUCCAGACUACCUGGGUGGAGAGCGAUUAAUGCUAUGACUGUGGCCAGAUGAAGGGCUUGUCCCCUGAUUGGAGCCCCCUCCAGGGCAUCUGUCCCCCCAGUCUCACUGAGGCUCAUUGCUGGUGUGCUUCUCACAUGUGAGCAGCCCUUCGUGAGCAUGAUGCACGUCUAAAUGCAUCUCUGCACUUUAGUGUGUCUCAUCUCCCUUUCGGUGUUUUUCUGUUUCACGCCCAUUGAUGUACUUGUAAACACAUCUGAAUGGGUCAUCAGUUAAGAGCCAGCGUAAGCAAGUCGUUAUAACUGCUGUUAAAAUCAUGGCUCGGAAACUCGCUGGCCGACGUGUGCAGGGUGGAUGUGUUGCGGGUAACGGGUAAGUGUGCGGGGUGGAUGUGUUGCGGGUAACGGGUAAGUGUGCGGGGUGGAUGUGUUGCGGGUAACGGGUAAGUGUGCGGGGUCGAUGUGUUGCGGGUAACGGGUAAGUGUGCCCCCACUGCCCUUGUUACUCGAAGGACGGCUGUGGCUCUGUGGGACUCUAAUCACAGGUGGCAUUGAGUCCCGUCCACUUAAACAGCGUGUCUGUGAUGCUGAGUGACCCGUUGUUGGGCACUGUCCCCAAAGCCUCUAGCCUGAUUUUGUCUGGUGUUUGGAUUCGUCGUGGUAUUUGACGAUCCUUGUUGGGGGUGGAGGGGCUAUCCCUGCAUUUUAACACCAUUUGGUCCUUAAAUGGUGCUUGUAAGAGCAAAAAAAAAUGACAAGAAAAUGAAUCGUGAAAUUCUGGCUUCAUAGCUGUUAUGUUGAUGUACAGAAUAAUUCAAUGUGUGAGAUUUCUAAUUAAGUCAGCCUCCUUGUGGGGAAACGGUAAAACUGACACAGACUGUAGUACAUUAAACUCCAGAUUCUGCAGCAAUAUUUCCACCACCUGAAGAACUGGCCUUAGUCACGCUGGUGUACUUGCUGAAGACUGUAAAGUUGGACUUUGCCUGCAGGAAGCAGGUCUAGACUGAAUUGUGGAGGCGUGAGACUCAUGUGGAGCCCACUGAAUGCCCCUCACCCCCCCACUACCCAC